AUGGACCGUAUUCGCCUGCAAUACGGACUGCCGGUCUGGCAUGCUGAAGCUCAUGACCCCAAAUGUCGAAUUCAGUUUGCGCUUAGGUACUUGUUGGGUGUUGGAAAGACGGAUGGGGAAAGCACCGAGCGUUUGUGGAGCCUACUCAAUCCCGCAAGUUGGUCGACAAAGGAAAUGGGAGAAGGCGCCCGUCAUGAUGUCCUGGAGGACAAGAUCGACCUGAUUAAUUUUGAGAAAAAACAGGAGCAUGGACGUUUGAUUGUCGCUGUAGCAGAGCGUCAAAGGCAGGGCAUUGAAUUCCAGGAGCUGGACGACAGCGUUCCUAAAAAAAAGGGCCGUGAAUGGGCCAAGAUGAUGGAUGCCUGGUAUAAGGAUAACACCCAGACGAAUCCAUUUGAAGUCCAGGGUGGGAAGCUCGCCGGGCCUAGUGAACGCGAAAUAAGUGAAGAGUUGAAACGAGCUGAGGUGGAAGAUGCACAAGCCGGAAUCAAACCUUUGCUGGAAGGUAAAAUGACCAUAACAGCGUUCAUCAGAGCGGGUAUGCAGCUUCAGGCCAUCCAGCGUCGUAUACGGACUGCUCUGAAGGCAAAAAAGUCAGCAGAUCAAGCGAGCCAGAUACAAGAAUUACGUCUAUCUCUGAUCAAACAAAUGCGCACCUUCGAAAAACUUCAACUAACUUACAUGCCUGGGGUUCAGGGUCUUCGCGACGCAGCGUUAACCGCGGAAGAGUGUCGACAAUGUGCAGAUGCACUGGCUGCCUUACGAGGGAGGCUUCAUUCGAAGCAACACAUGAUUUGGUUUCGGGGGAAAACAUGGUGGGGCAACGUGCAAGAACGCUCCGUCACUCUAAUGGCUCGGAUGGAAGAAGGUGUAACGAAGGCCGCUGCCAAAUAUACUGAAGGCUACGAGGCUCUCGUUCACCUCAAAGGCAAACGUUACGCUCCCGAGUUUCAAAAAUUGGACAAGGCCCAUUUGAACACUCGUAUCGAAAUCGAGAGUGACGAAGAUGCAGCAAGAAGCUUACGAACAGCAGACGGAUCGCGACCUACGAGAGAGGAGACUGCUGCAAAAAAAGAAAACCAAGACGGCGCCAAUUUCCUGGAUUUGGGCAGCAGGCGGGCAGGCCGACGGGGUUGA